AUGACAAACUUACCACUCAAAGAAGUCAAACGGCAAUUGCGAAAGCAACUUAAAUCUAAUUUAAAAACCAUUACCCAAGAUUCAUUAAUCAAACAAUCUCAUCUAAUCCAUCAAAACCUAUUGAAUCAUGAGUUUUUCAAAACUGCCAACAAUAUAGCUGUGUUCAUGAAUAUGCCUGAUCUGGAAGUUAAGACUAUGGAAAUUAUUGAAAGCUGUUUUAAAUUGGGCAAGUCUGUGUAUCUACCACGAUGCAACUAUGUUUCUUCACCAGGAAGAAAAUCAAAUUAUAUGUCAUUACUUGAAAUGCCUUCACUUGAAGCGAUACACCAACUUAAACCACAGGGGAAAUAUCAACUUUUAGAACCAUUAACUGGAAAUGAUGCAAUAGAAACUGGGAUUUUAGAUCUAAUAAUUGUCCCUGGUGUUGCGUUUGAUAAGAAUAAGAAUCGUAUGGGUCAUGGUGCUGGCUUUUAUGAUGAAUUUAUAACCACUUUCCAUAACAAAUUUAAAAGGAAACCAUAUUUGUUAGGAGUUGCAUUACAGGAACAAAUUGUUGAUUAUAUCCCUACAGAACCCCAUGAUUGGAAAUUAGAUUCAAUAAUAACAUCUACAAACGUCUAUUAA